AUGUCGCAUAACUCGUCUGGCUUGAAUCCGUACGGUUCGUACGGCGAUAUGGCUCCGUCGCUACCGCUCGAGAAAUGCGCAGGAGCGGAGGGGUCGUUGGGUACCAAGGAAGGCGAGAGCCUUUCGUUCGAGCCGUACGACGAGACGACUACUCAGCGGUCGACAUCGCUGGUCGAUGACAGUUUCGGCAACGUCGAGUCGUACCCUUCCGACGCUAACUACUAUGGUGAUCGCACGGGUUGCAGGAGCUCCUUCACCGACGGUUUCGCCGACGUGGACACUGUCGACAUGGCGAUUGAAACCAAUUUGUUUGCGGAUACCGAAUACCCGGGCGAUUGUCUUGACCAUUAUGUAAACACAUACGGUAAUGGUCGUUGCGUCGGUUCGACGUGCGGUUUCCGCGGUUUCACGCCCAUUUCUGAGGAGGGUUCUGUGGACGCCGUUCACCCGUCAAUACGUCCUCUGAGCACUCCCGAGGCAUCUAGCAUCAUGGAUGACUUCUCACGUUACGGCUUGACUCCGCGUUUCCGCCAGGUGGAUACCCCGUGCCAACCUUUCACGCGGCAGGGUACCUUCAUCGAGCCCAAUCACCACUUGGAGAACUUUGUGCGUGCCACCAGCCAGCUAUGCCAGUCGAUGGAGUCGAGCUUCACCCGCCCAUCUUCUGAAUGCACUCGUUCUGAUUUUUCCGGGUUCGGUAUCGGCGGUAUGCGCGUCACCACCCCCCCCGCGGGCUCGUCGCUCGAACAGCGUGGCACCUCCCCCGCCGACAGUUCGCUGCCGACCCAGUACUUUCAGAGUUCUGACGCUCAAGCGUACGACUCCGAGCUGUUCUUUACGCCUACUCUGUCCAACAAGGACACGCGCAUGUGCAACAACUACUCCGUUGCGUCCAACUACUGCGUGUACGUGGGCUCGGACUCUAACGUGCAGACGUGCGGCUGCAACAUGUCUCGUCCUUGCGGCGGCAACUGCCACGUUAGCGGGUGCCCCCUGGUUACGUCCGAGCUCGAGCCGUCCACUGAGCACUGGCCCGUCUCCGGGUCGUCGCACCUGCAGUCGCUGGUGCGUCGUCUGGACUGCGUGGUCGAGAGCUACAAGACGGUGCCGCGCGCGUGCGCCGAUAGCACCAACUUUCGUCGGCUGAAGUCGCGUUCCGUGCAGCACCACAACAAGGGCGGGUUCAGCAGCGCUCGGGAGAGCAUCUCCAGCAACAGCGGCGAGUUCGUGAAGCGUUCGUCGUCGAUCCCCGCCGAGUUCUCCGAGCGGCGCGAGGAGUCCCCAAGCUCCGAGUACUACGUGCAGACGAGCUACGAGGACUCCCCGUACAACAACGACAUGCUAGGUGAGGUGGACCCUCCGGCGAAGCACAAGAAGACGUCUAGCAUCCCAGCGGGUGACUCUGCCGCUGAGAUAGAGAUGCCUUCGCGCAACGAGUACGGGCGUUUCGUGCCCUCGCGCACCACGUCCGUCGACUCCGGCACCGACGGUCGCCCGCAUCACACCACUCCGAAGUCGAGCAAGAAGAAGUCGAACCCGGCUGCGAACCACACCGGCGAGAAGGUGAGCGGCGUGUGGUACGACACCAACCGCCACCUGUGGCGCGUGGUGUACAUGAAGGGUAACAAGCGCAAGACUCAGGGGUUCAGUUCGAUAAAGCUGGGUUACGAGGAGGCUCGUCGCAAGGCCAUCGCCAUGCGUCACGAGAUGGUGGCCAUGCGUCGUCCCGACAAGAUUUGA